AUGACGGCGCCUUUCGAGCGUGAGCGCGCCGUCGCCGAGGCCGCUGUCCUGCGGGCCGCCAUCCUCACCAAAAACGUGCAGUCUCGUGUCAGCGCCGUGUCCAAGGCCGACGCGACGCCCGUCACCGUCGCCGACUUUGCCGCGCAGGCGCUCCUCAUCAGCGCCCUGCACGCCGCCUUUCCCGGCGACGGCUUCCUCGGCGAGGAGGACUCUUUGGCGCUGCGAAACGACGCGCAACUCUGCGAUCAAGUCUACAAUUUGGUAGUGUCGUCGGCGGCGGAUGCCGUGGCUAGUGGUGGUGGCGAUGGCGAGGCGUUGGCGAGCCCGUCGUCGGUCGAUGAGAUGCUCAAUCUGAUUGACUUGGGCGGCGCGGGGCAGGGCGGACCCACGGGCCGCUUCUGGGUCAUGGAUCCGAUUGACGGCACGGCCACGUUUCUCAAGGGCCAGCAGUACGCCGUCGCACUCGCGCUGAUUGAAAAUGGCCGCGAGGUUGUUGGCGUGCUGGCCUGUCCGAGCCUCAAGGUCGCCGACGACGGCGGCAUCUACGACGACGUUGUCGACGCCGAUGGCCUGGGCGUGCUCCUCACCGCCGUCAAGGGCCAGGGAGCCACCAUCCGGCGCUUCCCCUCCGCGGCCACCGCGUCGCUGUUGUCGUCGCCCGCGACGCCGCUGCCGCCGCUACUACCACCCGCCAUCGCCACCACCACCACCGCCGCCGCCGCCGAGAACAGCCUCACGAGCCGCCUGCGCUUUGUCGACUGCCAGCGGUCGACGUCGACCAACCACGGGCUCCCGCGGACGCUCGCGGGCCGCCUCGGCGCGCGGUACCCCGGGCUGGACGUCUGGGCGAGCCACGUCCGCUACGCGGCGCUGGUGCUCGGCGCGGCCGACGCGUGGGUGCGGCUGGGCGCGCGCCCAGAGGCCGUCUUUUACGUAUGGGACAAUGCCGGCGCGCAGCUGCUCUUUACCGAGCGCGGGGGCCGAGUGACGGACUUUGACGGCCGGGCGAUGGAGUUUGGCGCCGGCCGCGACUUGCGCGCCAACAGGGGCAUGGUGGCGGCGCGCGCGGAUGUGCACGGCGUGCUGCUCGAGAUGGCGAAUGAGGUGCUGGCGGCGCAAGUGGCCGCUGCCAAGGGUGCGUGA